GACUGUUGCUGUUUCCAUUUGCAAUCAUUCCAGUGUGUAUGCAUGAUCAAGACUGAAUUCUUUUAAUGUGUGCAAACCUACUGUCUCGACCAGUAUCAAUACACUUGAGCAGCAGACUAUUUUCAUGCAAAUCUCAAUUCUUUUUUUGGCUGUUUUUGUGACCCAUUCAAGGAAUCACUUGGACUGCUCUAGUGUUGCUUUAGACAAGAAUGGCAGGUCUCGCACAAAUGUCAAAGGCCAGCACAUAUGUCCGUCGAUUUGCAACUGCUGUAUCCCCUUCUGUCAAUACGAGCAAUAGUUCUACCAAAACUAGCACUGAUGGCAACCUUUUCUUGCAAGUAUCAACUCCACAUCCAGUAUCCAAUAUCCGAUUAUUGAGACUCUCUGUUUAUGCCAAACAGACACUCUCUGAUACAGAUAUUGCAAUGCUUCAGAAACGAAUCGAUGUGCAGGAGCGACACCAUAUCUUCUGGACUGCAAACAAUACCGACUUUCAAUCUAAAAAAUCAGCCUAUAUUCAAGCCAUCAAUGACUCUGCACACCGUGAGCCCACAUCAGCAGAAAUGUCAUACUUUUAUAAAUCGUAUCUCGACGACAGCUACAGUCGUCAUUCUGCUUACAAUACAACCCUUUGGAAAGAAAAUACCUCGAUGCUCAUUCCUGGUAUCAAGGCAGACAUGAGACAAUUGUCGCAUGUGGCUGGUGGGAUGAUCAAUAAUGCACGGGAAAGACUUGUAGAUGCAAGAUAUUUUACCUGGCUGUACUUGAAGCGACAGAUAACCCAUGCUUUUUCAGACAGCAGCUUGUUGUAUCAGGCACAUGGUGUGACAGUAAGAUGAUGGUGCUAUUCUUGGAAUCUCAAAAUAUCACUCAUUUUACGCCGUAUUCACGUAGAAUGGAACUUUUCUGUAUCUAUCUUGCAGUUACUGCUUCUUGCUUCAGAAUAAACAAUCCUUAAAUAUUC